UGCCGGUUGAGUACAAGUCGUUUUCUGUGUUCUGGAUUAUCCUUUAUUUCCUUCCCGCGGUUAAUUAGCAUACAAUCCUCUCUACCGCACGGGACACUCGUCCGAGUAUGGAACUGGCCGACUCAAGCACGGUGGAUCGUGCGACGGAAUUAAUCAGAUGCUGCAGGGUUCCGCGCAUUAACGUCAACAUUGCUGAUGAAGCGCUACAGCGUGCCAAUUUUGAGCACUUUCUGCACGUGUUGGAGGCGUCGCUACCGGUGGUCUUUGAUUUGAUAGCAAACUGGGGCGCCGCGUUAACCGGGUACGAUCAGUACCGCGCAGAUGAUAAUGUCCAGUUCAAGACGGAUCUGGCGCUCGUAAUAACCGAACAGUAUAACGAUGGCAAACCGGGAGAGCUGCUAGAAUAUCAAACGGAAUCCGUAGCCCUACGUCAGCGUAUCAAUCAGUUCUAUCAAAGUGCAGAGCUUGAGCAGCUGUUGACGGGCAGUGGUGGUGAUCGGGUGUUACAUCGCCUGUACGACCACUAUCGGCGCGUGCUAACCGAGCAAGAAUGGAAACAUCAUCCGGCAGCCGUUGCAGGGUUUGUGCGAAUCGUGGAGUUCUUAUACGGCCCAUUUCCCCUGACGAACCCAGUUGAGCUGAAUGAUGAUACAGCGGCGUUCAUACUGUCCGUUGGCGUCACGCUGGUUGAGUUUUUCGAUCCAUCGUAUCAGCGAAUGGGACUUCAGUUGUUCUGUGUCCUUUUGGGACCUCGUCACAAACUCGUAAUGCGGCGUACGAACAUUCACCAGGUGGUGUACAGUAAUGCAAUCAAACUGACUGCCAAGUGCAAACAGGAGCUGUUCCUUGAUGCACUAUGGAAGUGUAUCUAUCAGUAUGUUGAGCUGGAGGAAAGUAGUUUUAAUGAUUUUUCGAAGUGGAACACGAUCGACGAUAUAAUGGAAACGUUGUUGAACGGGCUGAUGUUUGAAUCGAAUCUCGCUGCAUCCAGUAUUUAUUUGUUGUACCUGCUGAAACUGCUAGCUAUCGAUCUGCCAAACUACAUAAUCGACGAGUUGGAUGAACUACAAUCGAUCGACCGAAAGUGCCAUCUGUACGAACCGGUGUGCGAGCAGCUUCGCCAGGAUUGCUUGGGUGGUUUCCACAAUCGCCGCUACUACCGGUGGGUAAAGCGAAUUAUCGAGAUGCUCCCACAUGAGGCACUAAAGUGCCAAGGUAACACCCGACUGCAUGGUAAAUAUUGUCAUGGGGUACACUUACUCUUCAUACUGGUCACGUUCCCGAUCGAACCGGAAGCGCUCAAGCCGGUCCAUAUAAAGAUCCAAUCGAAUCUGGUCGAGUUCCUAAAUGUGUUUAAGCAGUACGAAAAGCGGCAGAGUAUGGUCGCAUCAGAGCGCAGUCAUGUUUCGAACGAAUUCGUUUACUGCCUCAAAGGACUGGUGUCCAUUAGCAAAACGAUGCUAUGUUUUCUCACUUCGCUGGCCGGCUUCUACUUUCCAGAGCAUCCCGACAUGGCCACCCUUGGACGGCAGCUAGCCAACGAGUAUGCCGAUUGUGAUUCCAUUAUGUACAAUUGUAUGCAGAGCUUGAUUGAAAAACUACGCUAA